CAGUUUCUCUCAAAGGUCUGAUAUUUCCUGCCUGUGCCUCCUCACAGAGAAUCGACUUAAUGCCUGUGUUGACAGUAUCCAACUCACACAAACUUCCAGUUUUCCCAAUUCAAUCUCCUCUAUCAGAUUAGAGGAGGCUGGGAAAUCAUCCUGUGAAAGGAACUGACCUGACUGCAAACAGACAAGGAGACCAGAAAGCAGUCCGUUCUCCAGAAGUGAAGAACCUCCUGUCAGCAAACCCUGACAACAGAUCUGCUGAGAGGGAGAAAGAGUUCUUCAAGAAGCAGCAGGAGGAGGGCAUUUCCAGGAUGGACAGAAAUAAUUUGAAGGUUGCUGACCAGCAGGAGCUCCAGAGGACGGCGUCUCUCAGCCAGCAGCAGCCCAGCAGGAAGUUGACCUCCUCUGCCCCAGCUUUGGUCUUGAAAGAUGGACAAGAGCAACUUAAAACCUUCCCGUCUCUGACCUGUCAGCUUGAGCACAGCCAAGAAUUUGGCAUUUCACAAGACUUUUGCUCUGGUUUCUAUAAUCUUAAUGCACCCAAGUACUCGCAGAGAAACAGAGAUCCAGGCCCAGGCUGAGGACGUUUCCCAGAUCCAUAGCCAAGAACAACCUUACUUCAGGACUCCUACCCUGCUCCAAAUUGGCAGGCCGCCUUUCUCAAAAGUCCAAAUGAACGAUAUAACUGAUAUUCCUGCAACAGAAAGAGCAAAAGAAGUGAAAGUUUGCCAGUUACAAGAGGACAUAUACAGAGUCAACAAACCUAGAGCUAAAUCCCAUUUGGAAGUGAAAGAGAAUAUUACUAACCCUCAUUCAGAAGACGUAGAAUGCAAUCAAUCACUCUCCAAGCCAACUGCCUCUGAGAGCAAGUUUUUCAAAAAAAAAAGGGAGAGGGGGGAUGAAACUUCAAGAAAAAUUGUUGACAAAGACAAGAUGAAAGGUCAGUUUGAAUUCACAGCACCUCAUAGAGAAAUAGUCGUUAGCUCACCAGGUGCUGUCUCAGAAGAUAGAUGGGAACAAUCAUUGCAGCAGAACAACAUGCAUGUCUGGACACCCAAGCAUCCCACUACUAUGUAUGAAUCAAACCUAGUGCAACUUUUUGUCACCCCAACCUCACCAAGGGACAACAGAGUUUCCCCUCAGGCCUGGAGAAAUCAGGAAGUUAUUGUUAGUUUUAAGACAGUCAACGACCACAUAGGGAGAGUCUCAGACUUGAACAUGGAAAUUCUAUCCACAGGCUGUGAUGAAACAAAAACACAUUUUCCCCUCUGCCAGUGCAACAAGUCAAGACCAGGAAGCAACACAGGCUCAAACUGGGUCAAAGGUCAAAAGCAAGCUGCAGCAACAGCAGCAGUUUGUCAUAGUGCACCAAACAGCACAAGUCAAGCCUCAACAUCACUGAAACACAGUACAUUUCCCAUGCAUUCCACGACAAGAAGCACUAGUAGCAGUGGUAGCAGCAUUGAGGGUGAAGAUAACCCGUCCUCCCAGUGUCACCAGCUUCCCAAGCUCCCAUCCCCUCCUCCCCACCUCGGCCUUCAGGAUUCCCAUUUUAUUCUGUCAGCAGAGGAUUAUGCCAGCGAUGCUCCAAGUGAGGCUGAAGAGGGAUGGAUGAUCCAGGAGAUCCAGAAAGGGGGUUGAAGACUUGGAUCUGGACCUGAACUAGGGCUUCAGCAACAAUUCUCUUCCCCUAGCUGCAACAGAGAGAAGGAGUGGAUCCAAAAGAUGAUCUCAAGAGCUGCAAAGAAGAUAACUUCCUCUCUGACAGAAAAGACAGUCAGGCCAUGAGAAGUCGACACAAUCUACACAAACUGGAAUCCACAGAGGUUCAAGCCCUUCAGCAGCAGUUUCAGCAGAGCCAGAGUAAUUGGUUUGUAGUUCAACGCCAGCUGAAGGAACUGACGAGUGAAAACUGUGACCUGAGGAGGAAACGCUCAGCUGUGCCACAGUGCCGUGCAGUGGCCGGCAGAUGUACUGCACCUGCUGCGCACCAGGAUCCACAGACAGAGUCACUUCCACCUGACAGAUGCAGCCUGGGGACUUGGACUAACAUGGCAAAAAACAUCAUUUCUACUGACCAGAAGACAAAAACGGUGACAUUCCUGAAAGGGGACAUCAAACACAUUUUGGAUGAUGGGAAAGUGAGAAGUGACACCCCGGGGGGAAGAUAGAGAUCUUAUUUCCAGACCAGACCAUCAAGUAUUUGGAGCCUGAUGGCAGCGAGAAGACAAUCUUCCCUGAUGACACCGUCGUUCACCUUUCGCCGUCAGGUGAGAAGAUGGUUGAGUUCCCCAACGGCCACAGAGAAGUCCACACCUCCCAGUACAAGAGGAGAGAGUAUCCUGACGAGACAGUUAAGACCCUCUAUCCCAGCGGACAACAGGAAACAAAAUGAUUGGCAGGAGAAGGAGAGUCUGACGGAGGAGCAGAGGAACAUUGUCAGCCAUUUUGUCUGAGCUCAACAGCGGAGGAAAAAUGGAUUCUUCACAAAAAAAGCAUGAAAACAGCAAUGGAGUGAGACAUCAGAAAUCUGCAGAGGAAAACAACGGUUCCCCAACAACAACAACCAGAGAUGAAUCACUCAGUUGUGAGCAAUGCAGCAAGACUUUUAUCACAGCAACAAAGCUAAGAAUUCACCAGCGUAUUCACACUGUGGACAAACCGUUCAGUUGUGAUCAUUGUACGAAGACUUUUACUUACAUGAGUAAUUUAACAAGACAUCAGCUCAUUCACAGUGGAGUUAAACUAUUCAGCUGUGAUCAGUGUGGGAAGACUUUUACUCAAAAGAGGUCAUUAACAAGCCAUCAACUCAUUCACAGUGGAGUUAAACGAUUCAGCUGUGAUCAGUGUGGGAAGACUUUUACUCACAAGAGGUCAUUAACAAACCAUCAUCUCAUUCACAGUGGAGUUAGAGCAUUCAGCUGUAAUCAGUGUGGGAAGACUUUUACUCACAAGAGGUCAUUAAAAAACCAUCAACUCAUUCACAGUGGAGUUAGAGCGUUCAGCUGUGAUCAGUGUGGGAAGACUUUUACUCACAAAAGGUCAGUAAGAAGCCAUCAACUCAUUCACAGCGGAGGUGAACCAUUCAACUGUGAUCAGUGUGUGAAAACUUACUCAACAUGAACAGUUGUUGAUCCAUGAAUGCCCCCACUCUGGUAGGAAGCGGUACCACUGUGACUACUGUGAAAAAACUUUCAAGCGCCAACAGAGCCUAAAAUAUCACCAACGCAUCCACACUGGAUAUGAUGUGUAUGCAUGUGAUUACUGUGGCAAACCAUUUGUACAAUAUGCACAGUUAAAAGCUCAUGAAGUGACCCACACUGGUGUUAAACCAUACCUUUGUGACCAGUGUGGGAAAGACUACAGCUACAUUGCACAGCUCAGAGCUCACCAAUGUGUCCACACUAGGAAGAGACCAUACAGAUGUGACGAGUGUAAGAAGACUUUUACAACUUUGGGUUCCCUGAAACAACACCAGCAGAUCCACACCAGAAAGAAAGCAUUCAAUCAGUGUCACAGUAAGAGCGACACAGAUAUGCACACUGGACACAAACUGAACGCCUGCCAAGAAGAUUUCCCUAUGCCGGGUUCAGUACAAGUUCCUGAAGUCGUCCACAAAGUUAAAGUCCUUGAGAUCAGGCUCCACAGAAUUCAGAGCGACACAGAUAUGCACACUGGACACAAACUGAACGCCUGCCAAGAAGAUUUCCCUGUGCCGGGUUCAGUACAAGUUCCUGAAGUCGUCCACAAACUUUAAAGGAUCAGCUACACCCUUCGCCUGAAGUGUUAAUAGUUUUGAUAAAAUGGUUGUUUUUUUUGUGCAAUUUUAAUGCCUCUUAAUACCUCAUAAUUUCUAUUUCUGUGCAUGUAAAAGGCUGAAAGGUCAUUUUAUACAGGUUUUUAAUCAUUUUGGAGUCAGAGAGAGCAAAAUUUCUAUGUUAAUAGUAUUAUUAUUAUUAUUAUUAUUAUUAUUAUUGAUCGAUCAUCUAAACCGGUGUCUGAGCUGUAAUUCUGUCUUCCAUCCAGCAGGUGGAGCAAGACUCAAACAAAACAUGUAAAGUCUGAAGUUAUUCAGAUUCUAUUCAGUUUUAAAAUUCACAUUCAGCUGCAAUGAAGACCUGUUAGAGGGUUUUUAUUCACUGAAUUCAUGGAUUUUUUAUUUUAUUUUUUUGGAGAAACACAUUUUAGCUGCAGAGGUAGAAUAAGAAGUAAAAGUACCUCAGUCUGGAAAGAAUUUAUACUCAAGUUCCAAUGUCAAAAUAUGAUGAAAGAGCUGAAAGUAAAUGUUCUCUUUGUGCAGAAUAAUAAAUAUUAAAACUGUAGUUAAGAUGAUUUAAUUACUUUUUAUCUGCUGUUUGUGGAUUUCACCUGAAGGAUCAAUAAAGUUUUAUUCAAAUCUAUAAAAUUACCUCAUACUA